AUUAGCUUGUCGGUGUGAAAAUACCGCAAGAGAAGGAAUCCAACAAUGCUAUUUGCUCGUUCUAUUACGCAGCUGGUUUGGGAAGUGAAAAAUCACGCUUAUCUCUUACAACACAAGGGAGCGGUGGUCCGUGCUAGUUGCGAGCCAUCUGUUCGUUGCACCCAUAAAGAUAACGAAAAUGAACAAACGGGAACGUUUUCAUUUAGUAUCGAGCCCUUGGCGCGAACGCUUCUGUUCGAUUUAUUGCCCGCGAAAAACAAGCGGCCAUUUUGCAUAUUUGUACGAUGUGUUCCAUUUUCGAGCGCACGAUAUAUCCCGACCCUGAGUCUGAGAAGGCAAUAAUGGGGUCAGUGGUGUACUGCAUCCACCACAAGGAAGGAUGCCAGUGGUCGGACGAACUACGCAAAUUGAAGGCGCAUCUGAACACGUGCAAGCAUGAUGCGGUGCUGUGUGCAGCGCAGUGCGGCGCCAUGAUCCCGCGCGUUCUCAUGCAGGACCACCUGCGUUACACCUGCCCGCGCCGCCGCGCGCACUGCCAGCACUGCAAUAAGGAGUUCUCCGGGAGCGCAUUAGAGGAACACCAGGGUAAUUGCGGCCACGAGCCAGUUUACUGCGAGAACAAGUGCGGCGCGAAGGUGCAGCGUCGGCACACGCUGCAGCACGCGCAGUUGCACUGCAGCAAGCGCCUCGUGCCUUGCCCGCACUGCGGACAAAAGUACACGCAGGACUGCGUGUCCGCUCACGGAGCGACGUGCAGCCGCGCGCCAGUGCCGUGUCCGCAGCGGAGCGCGGGCUGUGCGGCGCUGCCGGCGCGCGACGAGCUCGACGCCCACCUGCGGGACCACUGCGCCGCCGCACAGCCCUGCCCGUACCGCGACGCAGGAUGUAGAUAUAAGGGUACUCGUGCGGCGGUGGAGCGGCACACGGAGGAGAGUUGCCAGCAGCACGUGGCGCUGCUGGCGGCAGUGGCGGGGCGGCAGGCGCGCCAGCUGGACGCGCUGCGGGCGGCCGUGGCGCGGCUCGCCGUCAACUGCUCCGGCGCUCUCGUCUGGCGCGUCUCCGACUUCGCCGCCAAAAUGGCCGAAGCCAAGACUAAAGAUGGUGUCGAGCUGCUCUCACCCGCUUUCUAUACCAGCCAGUACGGAUACAAGUUGCAGGCGUCUCUAUUCCUGAACGGUAACGGCGCGGGCGAGUCCUCGCACAUGUCGGUGUACAUAAAGAUCCUGCCGGGCGAGUACGACGCGCUGCUGCGCUGGCCCUUCGCCCACUCCGUCUCCUUCACGUUGUUCGACCAGAGCGCGAGCCCCGACCGCGCCUGCAACAUCGUCGAGAGCUUCGUCCCGGACCCCACGUGGAAGAACUUCCAGCGACCCUCCAAGGAACCCGACGCGCUCGGCUUCGGCUUCCCGAGGUUCGUCUCCCAUGAGAUGCUCAAGAAGAGGAACUUCGUCAAAGAUGAUGUCAUGUUCCUGAGGGUCAAAGUGGAUCCGAGUAAAAUUGUAGCCGUGUAAGUUUAUAUCGUAGUUUAUUGUGUACCGCGCACAAUUUUAAAGUCAUCGUUAUUUAGUAUUAGAUAAUUUAAAAGUCAUAGAUUAAGUUGUAAGGGUCUUGCUUUCCCGAAUUUUCAGAUUUCUUUGUAUAUAGUUAAUGUAAGAGCGAGUACGCAAUUGUUAUCCUUUCACUAAAGAUCUCUUGAGUUUCACUGCCCACGAAUAUAACAUACCGAGCGAUGUUUCAAAGCAAAUAACCAAAUUUAAUUUAUCGCGAUUAGUGAUUUUUUGUAUUUGUUUUUAUUUGAGAAUAACCCAUUAAUAUUUAGUACGUUUUUUUUUUAGUUUAGUGUAUUAACUAACAUUAAUAACAGUCUUUGAGAUCAUUUUGUAAUUUGACACUAAUCGACUAAUCAAAUUUUCACCAAAUUUUA